CUACAACACGGGCUGACAUGUGUGGCUGCUGUGGUGGUGGAGGAAUUGGCGAGUGUGAGGGGGCGGUGGGCUUGGUAAUGGUGGCGGGGGGGACGGAGACAGCGGCCGGAACCGUGGAGGGUCGAUGGGCUCCCACAGCUCAUUCGGGAUGAACAUCUCGCCAUCGUCAUCCUGCAGAGGCAUGGAGAAGGAAAGGUGGAUCAAGUCUGCCAUUGUAGACACGUCGGGUGUCUUUCUUGUGUACCCGAGCUUCUGAGAGAGAGGGCCAGAGUGGCUGGGUGGCGUCUUGUGUUGGUGAUGUUAUCGUGAUGAAGGGCGGGUGGAUCUUCUGAUGAUGAGACACACACACGCACAAGAGAGACGUUCCACGGUUGCAAUAUUGUUUUCCCCCUUCUGUUUGUUUGCCUGAGAUGUACGUGAAGCCGUGCCCUGCACACAUACACACACACACACACACACAAUGGACGCGGAAAGAGGUGCACGCCCUUUCCCGUGCCGCUACAUACAUGAGCAAGCCGUUCUGCCACUCGCUUCUCUCCAGCCUGGCCUGCAAGUCGACCUGCUGCGUCGCACACCCCUGAGUGAACACACAAUUCACAUGCCCGCACACACCAUUCCCUCAGCCGUGUGCUUCUGUAUGUCCGUCAGCCGUGUGUGCACAGAGCUCCGCACACCUUCCUCUUCCGCUCGGUCCAGAUUGGCACAGAUCGGCUGGCCUGGACGCACCUCAUGCCAAUGACGGCCGUGUCUUGUCAGCAGGUUAUUCCUCUCCAGCUGCUGGUAGUACUGUGUCUGAUGGCACAAAGUGUAUGCGUCCGCACUAUGAGCGAACAGCGGUUUAUGUCUGCCUGCCUGCCUGGCUUUCUUCUUUCGCUGACCUCGGCGGAUGACCAAGCGCGGCGCUGUGAGAGCAUGAAACGUCGAAACUACACGCACAAACACAAGACGCAAGCAGGCAGUGCCGUUCCUGUCCGUGUGUCUGCACGCACGCCUGCAUACCUGCAAGUGUGGGGGGAGGACCGUGUGGUCUUCUGGUGGGGCCAACCUGGUGAGCGGCGGAUGCACGUUCUGAUGACAACACACACACACACACACAACAGGCGUAUGUUAUUGCCAUUGCCACCAGCAGUAGGAGGGGGAAUCUGUGUUUGCCUUGAGUGUCAGCAGCUCUUCGCGAUAGACAUUCAACUCCAUCCUGCACAGAGACACACACACACGGAUGGACAAGCGAACGAACGCAUUUGUGCCCAUCGAAGUGCCCCCCUCCGUACAUGAGCAGGCCGUUCUGCCACUCGCUCCUCUCCACCCUGGCCUGCAGAUCGGCCUGCUGCGUCACGCAUCCCUGAGUGAGUACACAAUACACAUGCCCCCACACACCAAUCCCUCAGCCUUGUAUUUUCACGGGUCUGCGUGGGUAUCGACUCACGUCUCGUUCAUCUAUUUGCUCUCGCAGCCGCGAGAGGUCCCUCACUUGCUGGUGAUGUACUCGGUGAUGCGUGAACUUCGCGCCUCCGCGCUCUCGUGGGCCUCCCUCUCCUUCUCCAGCAGCUCUUUCAUCCUGAGGGAAAAGACGACAACACGAAACACACAACAUGUAGGUGUGCCAUGGUGUGUGUUCUCUACCCUCUUACUCUGCGACGGUGUGGCGGUUCUCCUCGGCCUCUGCCUCAAGCUUGAGGCACCUCUCCUUCUCGUCCCUGCAGAAGUUGAAGAGAGGAUAAUGCAAACCGAAUCUUCCGUCGAUCAGUGGACGCCUCACUGGAGCUCACAGAGUCGGUCUUCCUUGUCCUCCCGAAGACGCCUUAAAACACACACAUUCCGGUCACAGUGUAGUUGGCGACGUGAUGGCGAUUCUGCGUGCUUACUCGCAUUCAAUGAGCAGCUCGUCCCGCUCCCGUCGCAGGCUGUCCAUCUCGUGUUGCUGCUGCUGCCGCUCGGCCGCCCUAUUUAGCUCCUCGAGGGACCUGAGACGGAGUAGAGAGAGACAGAGACGCGUGAUGGCGUGAAGGUGUGGCUGAGUGACAGAUCUUGGUCAUUCUGAGCAUUGGCUUGCUUAUUCGCUGACGGACAGACAAGAGAGCAUCGCAUUUGGUCGUGUGUCUCAUCCAUCGCUGUGUUUGUCUAAUUCAUGCUCACGCGAUGGCCAUGUCUGCCUCCAUGUCUUCCUUGUCCUCCUUGUCGUGCGGCUCCUCCGGCGGCUCUCGAUCUUCCUGCUCACCGUCGACAGCGGCAUUGGAUAGCUGCUCCAGGUCCUCGCCAGUCGCGUCGGGCUGCAUACAACCAAACCAAAUUAUUUCGAAAGGAUCCGUGGUUGUUCCUCUCCGGCGGAUACCUUUUCGUCUUCCUCUUCGUUGAGUUCCUUGUCCUCUUCGUCGAUUGCCGCCACCGUCUCUGAACAUCAACAAGGAGCGAUGCGUCUGUGUGACACGACAUGCUGCAAUACGUACCUCGGUCCGGCGCUUGCUGGGCGACGACGCCGACACGUCCUGCAUACACACAUGCACCACACACAUGCGUCUCCUGUUCAUGGCCCUGCCGUCCUUUGCUCCUUUAUGGCGUCUUGGAUGUGCGCGCUGCAAUCAAAGGGGCGCAGACAGACAAUGCCGUGUGGAUGAUGCAUGUAAAAAAGUUGGCAGCCCAUACUGACUUGCGGGGCCCUUCGCCCGUAGCGUUGGGCAUCGGGCGUUGACGAGGUUUCGGCCCCUUCCACCUGUCUACAAUUUGACAAUAACGAAUUGAGCUCAAUGCCUACCUGUCUGUGCGCCUCCGUGCGCGAGAAUCGGAAGAAGAGACCCCAGGAUAUAAAAUGUAGACAACGAUCGACCACAUUGACAGCUCAAGCUGCUCAAGCUGCCACAUUCAUUCACACACACAUCACCACACACAUUCAUCCGGCCACGUAUGUGAAUGCAUUUGCAUAGCCACCUACCGGCGUCGACUGUUUGUUGUCGUCUCGAAUCGUGAUGGAUACGACAUCUCCCCCUACACAAAUACGUGGGAGAGACAUAUGAAUAAAUGUCUAUAUGUCUGUGUCUGUGUCUGUUUGUCUGCUCGCUCCCGUACUUUGGCAGUGUUCUUGGUCGCCAGAGCGGUUAUGAUAUUGUCAAUGCCGACGCGGUCGGCCACCGUCCCUACAACUGCAGCCUGCAUGUUGGAAUGAAUGGUUGCAGGUUGCCAUCGAACGAGCCAAUGAAUGGUGUUUUGGUUGUGCUAUGUCGAUCUGUGCAAGCGUGUAUACCAGGUUCUCCUUUGGUGUGAUGUCUAUGUCUCGAAUCGGAUGGAAAUCGACAUCUCCCCCUACACAAACACUCGAAUGGUCCUUGAUUGCCACUAUUCUCUGGGGGCUUACACGUUGGGGGCGGGCGGGUAUCUGCUUCUCGCCCUCCUCGAUGUUGUCCUGGGUGUCAUUGGCCGCCUUGGCUUCUUUACACCACACAAACCAACAGCAGAGAGAAAGCAUACGUACAUCUGAUGCAGUCCGGCCGAAUGCCUACCGGUCUCGUGCCGCUGCUGCUGCCCCAUCCCCUGCUUCUGCUCCUGAGAGUCGGUCUCCCGCUGGUGGUCUUCCUCUUCCUCGGCCUCCCCCGCGUGCUGCAGCCCGCGUGUACAGGACACAGACAGACAAGAAGCACCGAGUGCAAUAUAAAGAGGGAGAUACCACACACUCACAGAUACCUGUGUGGUGGCUGGUUGCUGUUGUUCCAGUCCUUGUUGCUCGUCGUCCUGUUGUCCUCUCCUGCAGAAGGGCACAUCAAGUCGAUACACAACCGUACACGUGCCCCGCACCGUGCUUCCUACCAGGCCCUCCCCCCCUUGUCCCCUAUUGCGGCCUGCAU